CUCGAGGAAUCGACACUCGGAGUCGAUUCCCAGCCCCUCCACAAAGGUUUCUGUUAUUCUGUCAAGCGUCGUGCAGUGAAAACUGGGCUCUCGUGUGGAUAGCGAAAAUACAGCAGAAGGAUGAAUCGUGUUGUGGUGCUGUUGGUCUGUCUGGCUGUGAUGACGUGUGCGGUGGCCAGACGAAGUGGUGGUGGUGGCUUUAAAGGGGGUUUCAGCUGGGGCAAGGGCAGCAACACGGGUAGUAAAGGUACCAGCACAGGAACCAGAGGAGGCAGUAACACUAAAGGAGGAACACACUCCAAGCCAGCUAAUUAUCCUCGACAGCCUCAAGUACCUAACCAAAACCCUCCACCUUAUCCUGGACAUGCAGGCUCUUAUCCAGGCAGAGGGGGCGCUGGAGGCAACCCCAAUCAGGGGGGUUAUCCAGGUCAAGGACGCUAUCCAGGUCAGGGGGGUUAUCCAGGUCAAGGAUCAAAUCCAGGUGCAGGUUCAUAUCCCAACAACUACCCAGGAAGGAGUGGAGGGUACCCGUAUCCUCAAGGAGGGUCUUAUCCUGGAUACCCGGUCAGAGGAGCACAAUAUCCUGGAGGCAGUCCCAACCAGUAUGGUGCGGCAGGAGGAUAUCCUGGAGCAGCGCAGUACCCCUACUGGAACCCCAACAACAAAAUCAUCAGCCCUCGUUAUGGGGGUAACUAUGGACAUGGUGGUUAUGGAGGACAUGGUGGAGGAGGUUCUCCUUUUGCCCAGUCCGUGCAAAAUAUGGGAAUGAGGCCCUCUAUGCAGUCAAAGGGGUUUGGUAAGCAGGCAGUGAUGGCUGCUGGAGUUGGAGCCAUGGCUGGCAUGGCAGUAGGUUAUGGCUUGGGCAGUUUUCCUCGCCCUCACUUCAUGUUUCACAGCCCCCAAGAAGAAUAUUAUUAUAACCACUACAUGUAUCGGCGCUACGGCACUCAACCUUCUGACACUAACAAAAACCCCAGCGCUGAAGGUACAGGGCCAGGUGACUCUGGGACAAGUUCAACUAACGUCCACGAUAUGUUUCAAAAUCUUCCACCUCAGUCGUAUGACAAGUACAUGGACAAUUGUAUGCAGAGGACGGAUUUGUUGCGAGACGAGCAGGGCAGAAAUAUGAGAGCUGCUGAAGAAGCAUGGUCAGAAAAGGCAGAGGAUAGUGAAAAGGUUCUGACUGAAGAUGAUCCAAACAAGCGAGCAGUUGAGCAGCCAGUUGGGGAAGCAGAGUCUCAGGGUUCAGAUCUCAGAACAAGAAGUGAGAACACUGGGGAAGGAAUGAACUCUACCAGUGGCACCGAUAACCCUCUGCCAUUCGCCGCAAAGCUUACUGGUGCUACAGAGCAACCCACUGGGCCUCGGGAGAAGACGACUGAUGAGGAAGAUGAUGAUACUGUAAGCAUAAUGGAAAUUGGCUAUCCUGCACUGAUUAAUCAGUUGAAAGCUCGGCGCUGUGUGGAGCUUUAUAUGGUUUAUGCUGAGCAACAUGCUGAGAAAAUGGUUCAAUUGGGAAGUAAUGAGAAUGGUGGUGAAAAUCUCAUGCCACGUAGCCAUGGGCUCAUGCUCAUCUCUCUGCUUAUGAGCUCCCUGUUAUUCUUCUGAUCCUAGUGAUCUUUUCUCUAUAUACACCUUCAAACUUGAUGGUACGACAUAACAAGUGAACUACAAGAGAAGAAAAAUUUAUGUCUGACGUGCAGACUGUGAUUUGAGAAUAUUAUAAUGAUCUGGUGAUAUGUGGUCUUAGUCCUAACUAAUUAUAAAUGUCAAGGAAUCCAUGUUUCUGAAUAAGAAAUGAUCUUUGACUGAAACGUUGUUGUUCUAAAGUCAAUGGAUUAACAAAAGCUCAGAGUAUAUUAGCUGUUCAUGGCUGUUACUAAAGAUAAAACAUGAUUACAUUUGUCUACGUGGGUCAUACAAUGACGAUCGUUAUUGUCGUUACACUGAAUCUGAAUGAAGUUAUCAUGAUCUCACUGCACGAGUGUGUACACUACUGCACCCCUGUCUUCAUCAGAUCACAUCAUUUCUGCACACAAACAUAUACUACGUCAUGUUUUACAUACAUUUAACACACAUUAUUUAUUUAUACUAUUUAUUUCCUGCUGAUUUACUGAGAUCACAUCCACACCCUGGAAACAUGCUGCUUAUUAAACGUUUUCAUAUCUUCAGGUCGGUGAUGUUACUGCUCGUGGCACUAUAGAAAUGACAGCGGGCCUCAUUUUUCAAUCAUACUUGUGCUCCUGAGAGUGUGUAAAUUUACACCAGCCUAAUUAAUAUUUACUUCAAAUAAUAUCGUUUAAAUGAUUGCCACUCUGUGUAUAUAUGGGUUAUACCGUCAAGUCUAAAAGUAGUUUAGUUUUAAUGCACAUCGCAUAUUACCUGCUCAUGCCAUAAACAAACGGCUUUUUGUCCACUGAAGGUUAUAAUCCUGCUUAUGAGAGAGAAAGUUAAAGACCGGUAUCUUUUUUUCCUUAAGGAAGCUAAACCUUUAUAAAUCGCUUCCUCUUUUAACACUGUGUAACACUCCGGUGCAUUUGAAGCAGAGACACUUAAACAUUUCAGAUACCAUUUUUCUGGUGUUACUUGGCUGCAGUUUAAAUUUUUUUUUUCUCCUCCAUUUUCAUUUGACACCAUUAUCUUGUCACGUCACUUUGACUUUGGAUUCUGACCUUGUCAUGAACUAACCCUAACCCACACAACGCUGCCGUUCUGCCUUUCCUUUUCUAAAGCAUUUUAUAGCCGUUUUGUGAUUUUUUUUUUUUAUUUAUUUUUUAAGAGAGUUUUCUGGAUGUCACUGCAUGUGAAUGUCAUGAAGAAUCUUUGCACUUUAUCUAUAUACACACAGGAGAACGAGGAAAAAAGAGUUUUUCCCCGAAGCUUUUGUAAAUCAGGGCUGACUAAUUUACUUUGGUUUAUGCAAACAUUUUCACACAACUUUAUCAAAAGAUUGUUAAAUGAGGCUCAGCGUCUUUUCUAUAGACUACUCGUGGAUUUGUGUUUAGUGGCUUUACUCUUUACUUUGUGAGUAGCUUAGCGAUGGUAUCUGUGACUCGGUACGGUGAAGUAGACGACGAAACAUUAAAACGCUAAGAGUCAGUAAGAUAAAGAAAUGUACAUUUAGUUCACUGCACUGUUUUUAAGGUUUUUUAUAAAAUAUUGAGACUGAAGUUAUUAUUGAUGUGUUUAGUUUUAGUUGUGAUUGAUAUUUAUUCUUUAAAGUGAGACUUUAGUUUCCUUUUUUAGUUAAUUUCCUAAUUUAAUUGUACACACUGGGGUUUAGACACAGCAUUUACCUUUUCUUCUUAACUAAACCCCUGAACUCAUUUAUGUUACAGGAUUCACAGUCGAACCUAAAAACGUCCGUAACUAAACACUUGAUAAAUAGUUUUGUGACCAACAUUCUGGUUAUAAUUAUAUAUAAAAAAUAUAACCAGUUAUAAUUUGUGAUGCAUUAUAACAGAUACAGACCAAGACGGAAAUGUCACUGGAUUUAUUUUUGUGUGUGUGUUUAUCUGAAAACUGCACUGACAUAAAUUCAUGUAAAAAUGAAUGUACCUUGUGCUCAUGGUUCAGUAGUGCUUUUAAUUUCUAACCUGUCAAUAUUUCUCUAUCCGUGCAUCUUAAAUUAAACGCUGUUUCACUCUC